AUGUCUGAGCACUACUUCGAGCUUGCUCCUCCUGUCCGGGCUCUCCGAUUACCCCUGAAUUCAUCUUCUUGGCGAGACCCCCUGGCUCACAUUGUGAGAAGCUGCAUUUCCCUACUGCAAAUAUGUGGCUCUUCCAAGCUCAAUCUGAAAAAAAUCCACGGUCUCUCCAUCAGGCGUGGCGUUCCAUUAUCAGACCCAUACCUAGGAAAAUACCUCAUAUACAUCGGGGUAAAUCUCUCUGUUCCCAUGGCCUAUGCCCGCAGUAUCUUCUCUCAGAUGAAGAACCCAAAUACUUUCACGUGGAAUGCGAUAAUUAGAGGUUAUGCUGAGAGCGAAAACCCAAAGCCGGCCAUUGAGUUGUAUGGCCUAAUGCACUCGAAUUCGGUAGAGCCCGAUACACAUACUUUCCCAUUUGUUUUGAAGGCUGUGGCUAAAGCCGUUAGCAUCACAGCAGGUGAACAGAUACACUCGAUUGCAACCAGAAGUGGGUUUGAGUCGCUGGUGUUUGUUCAGAACAGUCUAGUCCAUAUGUAUGCCUCGUGUGGGCAGUACCAGAGUGCGGUCAAGGUGUUUGAGGUAAUGCCUAAUAGAGAUUUGGUGACUUGGAACUCGGUGAUCAAUGGAUUUGCCCUCAAUGGAAAACCCAGUGAGGCACUGGCCCUUUACCAGAAGAUGGAUUUGGAUGGUUUGAAGCCUGAUGGUUUCACUAUGGUCAGUUUGUUCUCUGCAUGUUCUAAGCUUGGCGCCCUGGCAUUGGGCAGGAGGGCUCAUGUCUACAUGGUUAAAGUCGGUCUUGACAAGAGUCUACACUCUGUUAACGCCCUCUUGGAUUUUUACGCCAAAUGUGGCUGCACUAAAGAUGCUAAAAGGGUCUUCGACGAGAUGGUAGAGAGAAAUGUGGUGUCUUGGACUUCUCUGAUUGUGGGGUUGGCCGUUAAUGGGUAUGGUAGUGAAGCUUUGAAGUAUUUCAAGCAGAUGGAGGCCGAAAAAUGGUUGCCUAGCGAGAUAACUUUCGUUGGUGUGCUCUAUGCUUGCAGCCACUGUGGCAUGGUCGACGAGGGGUUUCGAUACUUUGACAAGAUAAAACAGUAUUAUGGCAUUGUGCCUCAAAUCGAACACCAUGGUUGUAUGGUUGAUCUUCUGGCCAGAGCUGGCAAGGUUAAGCAAGCUCACGAUUACAUUCAGCAAAUGCCAAUGCAGCCAAAUUCUGUCAUCUGGAGGACCUUAUUAGGAGCCUGCACAAAGUUUGGCCAUGUGGAAUUGGCGGAGGUUGCGAGAGCCAAGCUCUUUCAUUUAGAGCCAAAACACAGUGGGGACUAUGUGCUCAUGUCUAAUCUCUAUGCGUCAGAGCGACGGUGGUCUGAUGCACACAAGGCCAGAAAGUCUAUGCUUGAAGAAGGAGUUGCUAAAAUCCGAGGGCAUAGUCUUGUGGAGCUGGGGAACCAGGUUCAUGAAUUUCACACUGGAGAUAGAACCCAUCCACAGAGUGAGGAAAUCUAUGCGAAGUUGGUGGAGGUCACGAAGAGGCUUCGAUUAGAAGGGCACGUGGCACACACAGGUCAUGUUUAUGCAGAUAUUGAAGAGGAAGAGAAGGAGAAUGCACUGGUGCAUCACAGCGAGAAGAUUGCUGUUGCUUUUAUGCUCGUGUGCUCUCCCCCUGGUACCCCCAUAAGGGUGUUCAACAACUUGAGGAUAUGUGGUGAUUGUCAUGUGGUGAUCAAGCUCAUGUCGAAGGUCUAUGGUAGGGAGAUUACUGUUCGGGAUUGCAGCCGGUUCCAUCAUUUCAGGGAUGGUUCUUGUUCUUGUGGAGACUACUGGUAG